UCGCCCAAGUCACCUCUCUACGUCGUUAUUUUGUGGAAUUUCUUCCGUCUGCGAAUCACCCUCUCGAUAUCCUCGUCGGGGCCAGCCAGGCUUGCUCCCCUGCGACAAUGAAGCCUUGCACUACUACGCUCUUACGCCGAUGCUUCUUCGUGCUGAUUCACUUCGGUCUCAUCAUCGGCUUCCUCUCGCUGCCCACAGUGGACGCUCACGGCCACAAUGCUGGAAGACACCAUCACGGUCUGCACCAGUCAAGUCGUCUCGAGAGGGCCGUCGGCAACCGCUCGGACAACAGUAGCAACGUCACAUCAGCCGAAGAGCUGAUCAAGGAUGCUCUGGAAGCUCUGAAAAAAAGAAACAAGGCUCGGGUGGAAAGUCCCAACUUCAACAAACUCGAGUUUGAACCGCAUCCCCCCAAGCGCAAGCUGGCUGCUCCGCUAGAUUAUAGCAAUCUGAAUGAUACCCAAAAGCGAGACUCAUCGGGCGAUGGCUUAGGUCAAAGUCGGCAUGCGGAUGCGAAAAGCUACACCCUGCCAGACGCGCUGAAGGAGGCUGCUCGCUUGGUUGCAGAGUCCGCGCCACAGAGGCCUCGUGGCAAUCAUAGCGAGGUCGCUACUUUCAUGAGGCAAAAGUAUGCGCCCAAGAACAAUGAUACGAAUGCACCCGCGCCCAAGAAGACGCCCGAGGGCCGCCUCUCGGUCUACGGAGAGGAUGUAACCCAGAAACGUGCUGAGGCGUAUUGGAUGACCGAUAUGGGAAGCGAUGGCAUGAGUCCUAUGGCUCCCAAAGGAUACAAGGUCUGGCGUAACGUCAAGGAAUACGGCGCCAAGGGUGACGGAGUUACAGACGACACUGCUGCCAUCAACAAGGCCAUCACCGAGGGCGGUCGAUGCGGUGCCAAUUGCGGCAGUAGUUCUAUCUAUCCCGCCGUCGUCUACUUCCCACCUGGUACCUACUUGGUUAGCAGCCCAUUGAUUCAAUACUUCAACACGGAAUUCCUUGGAGAUCCCAUAAGCGUCCCGACUCUGCUCGCCGCUUCGAGUUUUGUUGGUCAAGGUGUCAUAGUCAGCGACGUCUACGUCAGCGACAAAGAGCAGUGGUAUCUCAACACAGCCAACUUCCUUCGUAGCAUCAAGAACUUCAAGAUCGACAUCCGCCCAGCUGAUCCUUUUAUUUACAUGUGUGCCAUACACUGGCAGGUGGCUCAGGCGACGUCGUUGGAGAACAUCGAGUUCUACAUGCUUUACGAUUCUGAUGUUCCCGGUAACAACCAGCAAGGAAUUUACAUGGAAAACGGAUCUGGCGGCUUUCUAGCAGAUCUCACGUUCGUCGGUGGCAAUUUCGGGGCAUACUUUGGUAACCAGCAGUUUACCACGAGCCAGCUGGUCUUCGUCAAUGCUGUGCAUGCCCUCCAGGUUCACUGGGACUGGGCCUGGACGAUGCAAGACUUUGUCAUCGAGAGCUGCCAGCAAGGCCUUGUUAUUGUCGGCGGUGCUGGAGGGCCCAUGAGUACUGGCCAGGGAGUGGGCUCUCUGGUCCUUCUUGAUUCCAUCAUCGCCAAUACACCCAAAGGCAUUGUCACCACGCUCGUCAACGAGAACUCAACCUCACUCCUCGUCCAGAAUGUGGGGUUUUUUAACACGGAAGCGGCUAUUGUCGACGAGUCUGUCUCGACGCCACUUCUCGAUGGUGGCGACCAGGUCGUCGUCCAGAGCUGGGGCUUUGGCCUCAUCAACAACGCCACGGGUGCCGAUGGACAGACGCAGUUUUCUAAUGGCGCUAGCAUCCCUACCAUGAUUCGAAAAGACGCACUGGUAGGACAGGCGUACGACUAUCAGGCUCCUAAUCUCUACACUCGACGUCGCCCACGCUAUCAUGAGUUGUCGACCGCAGAUGUCAUGAACGUCAAAGCACUUGGUGCCAAGGGGGACGGAGUAACAGAUGAUACGAAAGUAUUGAACUCGAUUUUAGAGGGUGCGGCCAACACUUCUUCUGUCGUGUAUUUUCCAUUCGGCAUGUACCUAGUCAAGGACACUGUUCAUGUGCCUGUCGGGUCCAGGAUCAUUGGACAAGCGUGGUCUCAGAUUAUGGGAACGGGGAGCAAGUUUGAGGAUGAAACGCGCCCCAAGCCAGUUGUCCAAGUUGGCAAGCAGGGCGACGUCGGUAUCAUUGAGAUACAAAGCAUGAUGUUCACCGUCAAGGGUGGCACUGCUGGAGCCAUUGUAGUUGAAUGGAAUGUUCAUCAAUCAAGCAAGGGCUCAGCUGGUCUUUGGGAUUCUCACAUCAGAGUUGGAGGGGCGGAAGGGAGCGAUUUAUCCCUGGCCAAUUGCCCAAAGGGCAGCGGCACCAUUCAACACCACUGCAAGGCUGCUUCGAUGCUCAUGCAUCUGACACCUGGCUCAACAGCAUACAUCGAGAAUGCGUGGCUUUGGACCGCCGACCAUGACCUGGAUCAAGAAGAUCUCGAUCAAAUAGAUAUCUACGCCGCCCGAGGACUUUUGAUCGAAAGCGAGACCGCGUGGCUUUGGGGAACUUCUGUCGAGCACAACGUGCUGUAUCAGUACCAGAUUUCGAAUGCGGAAAAUGUCGUAAUGGGCAUGAUACAGACCGAGUCUCCGUACUUCCAACCAGUGCCCAAGGCGCCCCAGCCUUUCAUACUUGGUACAUUUCCGAACGAUCCAACUUUUACCUCAUGCAUUACAGGCUCCGAGAGAGGCUGUGCUGUUUCCUGGGCAGUUCGAAUCAUCAAUUCGGCCUCGAUAUAUGUCCUCGGAGCGGGUCUGUACAGCUGGUUCGACGACUACUCACAAGAUUGCCUUGACACGGAAGACUGCCAGGUCCGCGGCUUCGAAAUUGAGGAUACAUCAGACAUCUGGAUAUAUAAUCUUUGCACCAAGGCCAUCGAGGAGAUGAUUUCUCCGGUUGGCGGAAGGGCAACACUUGCCCGCGAUAACAUCAAUGGCUUUUUGUCUUCUGUCCUCGCUUGGCUCCAAGGAACGGUGAAUCCGGCGGGGCAACAGAAAUUCGAGGGCUACCGAAUCUGGACCAGCGAAAGCUUGGAGAGCAUGCACUCGUUGCACCUACCGGCGACAUGCAGCUCAGCAUUGACAGAAGUUAUACGAUGUGAUAACCGGACCGAGGUCUUCCAGGAGCCAGGAUUACAUUCCUGGCUGGGGUCGAAGGAAGAAACUGACAUAGUAUGCGACGCAAGCUGUGAAGAGAGUCUCAGCAACUGGUUUCAAACCGUGUCGGUGGCUUGCGACGGCUACAAGAUAAGCGAUGCUUUGCCAACCCUCCUCGGUGGCAGGAUCUGGGCUGGUUACAACGAAACUUGUCUCAAAGACCCGGAAACAGGCAAAUACUGCGGCGAAAUCAUCGACAACUUCCAACUGGUCGAUACAGUCCAAGAUAUGCCCGAGAGCGAGAUGUGCUCGUACUGCUGGAUCGAGCGCUAUUCCAUGCUUCAGCGAUCAAGGUACUCACUCUACGAUGACUUCGUUAAGUCGCAGUUGGAGUACUCUCUAGAUCAGUGCGGGAAGGUGGCAGACACCGAGAAGCCCGAAUCGCCCAUCGAUCUCCCAGUGCGCUCAGACUUCUGUUUGUCCGAUAACCGCUAUACCACUGUCGAAGGAGACACCUGCGAUUCAAUCGCACUGGCCAACAGUGUUUCCUCGGCUGCCCUUUAUCGGGAGAACGACGAAGCCAUCCUAGACUGUGAUAAUAUUGCUGCAGCGACUGAGCUUUGUUUGCCAACGCCUUGCGGGCGGACAUGGCGACUUCAACCUGAUGAUAGCUGCACCUCGAUCGAAUCAAACCUGACCCAGACGACAUAUAUCUUCUCCCAUGGGUUCGUGCGCAAGUACAACCGCUGGAUCGACGUGGAUUGCACAAACUUGCAUCUCGCAAGCGAUGCUGCAUUCGGCCAUGUCCUCUGCGUCGCGCCACAGAACGGUCAGUUCCAGACCAAUUCGACGGGCUACGGCGGCAACACGACACCAGAACGAGCGACUGGAUACUCGAGCACCAUUUCUCAGCGACCGGAAAACUCGACACUGGCAGAGGGGACGACCGAAUACUGUGGCACCUGGUAUGUUGCAAAGGAGGGUGACCUGUGCAGGGAAAUUGCAUUUGAGAGCCAGACCACGAUUCAGAUCUUCAUGGAGGUGAAUCCAUCGCUGGGUACCUCAAUCCCAGGAUGCAGCGCGCAGCUUCAGCCCGGGCUUACCUACUGCGCCCUGCCUUUCAGUCGGUGGGCAAGCUUAGAAGCUGGAGGCUGAUCCCCAGUUCUUAAGGAUCUGGAGAGGCAAAGAGUUCGCAGCACUCUUGCGGCGUGUGAAUAUUAGGGUGUCGGAAGUGACGACUUCAUUGAGUCCAUCCAAUAUUA